AUGGAGUACGAGCAGCGAUCCUUUCGAUUUGGCGACGGCAUAGAGGCCUCGAUAUGGCUGCUCUCUGAAUUCAAGGGCAAACAAUUCGAUGCCAAGCAGCAAGGUUUGUACCUGUGGCCUGGUGCCGAGCGCCUGUGCCGAUUUGCUGCCUACAACCCACACCUCUUCGCCCAGAAGCGAGUAAUCGAGCUCGGUGCCGGGGCCGGCCUUGGCAGCGCGGUGGUGGCCCAGCUGGGUCCCAGCGAGCUGGUCGUCACGGACGGCAGCGAGCAAGUGAUGGACCUCCUGCGACGCAACGUGAACGAGAAUCUGAACCGAGCGCCGCAGCGAGUAGAGAGUGGGGAGAACGGCGACGCUCAUCAGGGAGAGGACUGCAGCAUGGUGGAGCAGAACAACGGCGGGACCACGACGGCGGCGGCGGCGGCGACGAAGGUGCAGGUGCUCAGCCUGGGGUGGAGCGCGGACGAGGAGGAGUUGAAGGCCGCGCGAGAUAGCGAGGGCCGAGAGCUCUGCCACACGUUCGACGUGGUGUUCGGGAGCGACGUCAUCUACGAGUACGCCAACAUCGUGCCGCUCCUCACCACUGCCAGGGCGCUGCUCUCCGACGACGCCCGCGCCUUCUUGGUUUUGGCCUACGUGCACCGGUCCGACUACCUCUGGUGUUUUGGCGAUUCGGCACAGGACGAGAUGCGGCGGCACGCCCAAGAGCUGGGCUUGACGUGCGAGGUGGAAAGCGAAAGCACGGGCGGCGGUGGCCAGCUCGGUCGGAUUCUCAUCUUCCGCAAGAUGCGAUCCUAA